UCUCAUGGUAGCCACCAUGCUCCAUUCUUGCGUGCUUUUAGUUUGAAGGCAAAGUCACCAAUUUCCGCUUUUUCCCCGGCUCGAGUCUGCGCAGUAGAGGCGGAUUAGAGCAGGAAUAACCUGUCGUUUCACUGAGAUGUAGAGCAAUUUUCCAUCUUUGUUAAAUUUCUCUUGCAGGUAAUGUGUUCAGUCUUUGAGUUUACACCUCAGUACUUACAUUUGGUACGACUUUCAGUGUGUUGGUAGCCGUUAGCCACAUUUGCACAUUCAUUUGUUGCCUUGUUGUUGGCUUUCGUCGAUAGCACUUCCGCAUAGAAAACCAUGGCUGGUCCUCAAGAAGACCAGAAAUUCUGCUUACAGGAGGUGCUCGAUACUUUCAAGUUAUGUUUGUCGGAGAAAAAAGACGUCUACCUUGAACACUACGUAGCUGGGUGGCGUGGUCUUGUAAAGUUUCUGAACAGCUUGGGCAGUGUGUUUGGCUUCAUUUCCAAGGAUGCUGUCAACAAGAUCAAUAUCCUGGUCACUUACCUGCACGGUGAGAACGGGUCUCAGUAUGUCACUGUCCAGUCAAUGGUGAAAUAUGAGCUGGACAAUGAACUAGUGGACCUGACCAAGAGAGGCAGUCAUCCAGAGUCCGGCUGCCGUACCUUGCUGAGGCUCCACCGGGCACUGAGGUGGCUGGAGCUCUUCCUGGAGCGCCUCCGCACCAGCAGCGAGGACAGCAAGACUUCGGUCAUGUGUUCAGAGGCCUACAAUGAGUCUCUCUCCCAGCACCACCCUUGGGUGGUCCGCAAAGCAGCGGGAAUGGCCUUUUGCGUGCUCCCAGGGCGCCCCGCUUUCUUAGAAGUGAUGAAUGUGGGCCCCCCUGAGCAGGUGGUGGCCAUGCUAGGGGAAGCUGUGCCUCUCAUCUCUGAGGUGUACCAGAUCACAGAGGAACUUUACGCUCAACAAAACCUGCUCGACUUACCAUAGAGAGCCACAAUUGCUAUUAUAUGCCACUUCAUACAUUACACGAUUAAAUAUGAAGGGCUGUCAUGGUGGCUGCUACUACUGUUUGGUGAUUAAAGGGUUAUUAAUUAAGCAAAAUUCCACUGACACUAUUCUAUCUAGUACAGUAUUACAAUUUUUCAUAUAUAUAAGUACUGUUAAUUAUUAUAUGUGUGUAUAAUGGACUUCGUUUUUAUUCAACUUUUUCGAGAUGUAUUGUUUUGAAUUUAAGUAGAUGAAGGGGAACAGUUGGGCCCAUAAGUCUUUGCUCACUGCCAGUAGCUGUUUGUUUAAAUUAUUUAUACAAAAAUGUAUAAAUUAAAUGAAUCUGCAACCAUUUU